CUCUCAGCGAGGGGUAAUUAGAGGCAAAAUACCCCCUCAAUGAUGCAAUGGAAGACUCCGGAUCACUCAGGCAGAGCUGGGAAAACAGAGAGAGAGAGAGUGGCAGAGUCUGGUUUAGGAAUUGAGAAGCCGCAGAGGAGUAGUGGUGGUGUUUUUUCGGAAGACACGAGGUGGAAACUAUAAUGUCAAAACGGCAUGUGUAUAUUAGGUUGCCUCUCUUGCGUAAGCUGGAUAAAGUCCCUCGCGAUAUUGUUUUAGAUCGAGUACGGGGUGCUAAAGUUAGACGUGGGAUCAUCGGGGACACUGACAUCUUGUACUCUGUCCAGUGGAAGUGUUUUUCUUUCAGGUAAUUUUUGUUGACGUCAAAGUUGAACAGCGCAGACAGUUGCUACAAAUGGAUUAACCCAGCGCCUACUUUUUGAGAUAAUCCAGAGACGACUCUGCCGCAACCCAAGAUGCCCCAUCACAACGCCCGGUUCCUCGUAAUCCUCCUCCUGUUCCUCCUCCAGCCACUCCCGAGCCGGACGGCCGCGACACCAAAGCCCCGCAGCGAAACCUUCUGGCGCAAGUUCUGCGGCUUCUUCUGUCCUUACCAGCUGAGCUGCGACUCGGACGUCUACCUGAGCAGCCAGCAGCAGCUGGAGCUGCUCAACAGCCAAGAGUUCCUAGACAUCUUAGAGCUCUUCCCGCAGAUCCUCUUGGAGAACGAGAAGCUCCAGCACACCACUCUCGUCCGGCUUGAGGACCACCAGCGUGACUUGAUCCUCUUACGCUAUAAAGAUUUCUUCCACCCUCGAGAAACCUUACCCCUGGCCAGGCAGAGAGUUGUCAGUCAGUUGGCCAAGGAUCAGCAAGGCUUUCAGGGAGACCCUGUCGCUGAGCCUCUGCCAAACGAGAUCCAUCUCACGGUGGAUCAGGUGCAACAGCUCCUCGAGAAAAACGCCCAUCUCAAAGACAACCAGGUCCAUGAUGAAGUUCUUCCAGAGGACGAGGUAGUCGGUACGCCCAAUUGGGAUGAAGCUGAGAGCUUUAUACGUGAUUACGUCAACAAGCAACGGAUUCAGCAAUCUGAGAAAAAGGAGACGCAUUUGCCGGACGUGACGUCUCAAAUUCCGAGCAACAGAGUGAGUGGAAAGAAGGCUGCUCACAAAACGCCAAGCAAAAAGGAUAAACCAAUCGCCUUGAAUAUUAAUCAGCUCCAAGACCACGCUGAACAUCUGAACGUCGAGCAGAUUCUCAAGGAGCUUGAAAAGAUGGGGCACUCUUUUGAUCUCAACAACCUUGUAUCAGACCAGGACCGGGACUCCUCAGAAGCUCAGUACUCACAACCUGAGCCCCACAGAACUACAGAUUCAGACCCAACAGUACUACAGCAAGUCCCGACCAAAACCGGGGACAGCAACCACAACAGUAGUCGCAAGAAAUCCGCCCACAGGAAAGGACCCCAUGCGAAACACGUAAACCGCAUAACCGAUAAAAAGUCCAAAAACAGCAAGGAGCCUUACUCGGACUCUCACGACGCCAGGACACUGGAGGAGCAUUUCUACAGCCACCAACAAACAAAUCUGCCUUCUAAACAGCAAAUCGCGCAAGCGUUAGAGUUCUUAAACAGUCCGCCAUCCUCAGCUCAGUACAGCAGUGUACAGAGUAGGACAGGCAAAAAAAGGACGUCAUCGAGCGAGUCAAAUUCUGGUCAUAGGCGACGAGUUGGCCAGAAACGACCCUCGGGCUUUGUGUAUGAGCCCGGUGGGUCAGGUGAGGAAGGGGGUACGGAUGAGGGGGACAGAGAGUCCCAAGAGGUGAGCAAGAGACACUCCCGGAGAAAGAGGGAGGUGCUCAGCAUGCAGGUGUGUCCCGUGGUGGAGACGUGGUCUAAUAUAGUGCUAGCUGAGACUGUGAACGGGACUCUUGUACAAAUAGCACAGUUUCCCGAGGUCAACCUAGAGCAGUGGUUUCUGGAGGAGCGUUGCCUCUACAAGGAGUCACAGAUCAUCAAUGGAGUGACCUGCGAGAUCAGAGAGCGGCUAGUAGACGCCGUGGUCAUCCCCGUGGUCAACCCUUCCCAGCCGAUCCAGCGAGCCCAGAUCAAAGUGGACUGCUGUAUGAGUAUGUUUAACGUAGACUUGGGCUUUUAAUGACGCUUUGUUCUUAGGUGUGUGCUUGUAAAAUCGUGUGUGUUUGUAAGCAAUUGGAUGAAGGUCCUCAGUUGGAAUUCAUGUUCGACACCCAUGUGGGACAUAGCACUUGGGUGAAGUGACCUUGAACAAUAGGGUCCUCAGUUUGGUGAAGGUCCACAAUUGGAAAUCAUGUAUAAAGCCAAUAGUGGACUUUUUUUCCAUUCCUGAACAAGAGAGGACAUUUAAUACCGUCAAUAUUUCAGGGAAGGUCCACGGUUGGAAAUCAUGUCCAAAACCAAUGUGGGAUAUUAGGGUCCACAAAUGGGUGAAGGUCCACAGUUGGAAAUCAUACAAAAUUGUACAAAACCAAUAGUGGACUUUUUCCAACUCUUGAACAAGGGUCCCCUAUAAGGUCAAGGUCCACAGUUGGUAGAUGUACAAAACCAAUGAAGGUUUUUUCCAGGUGACCUUGAACUAUAGGGUCCUCGAUUGGGUGAAAGUCCUCAGUUGCAGAUCAUGUACAAAACCAAUAGGACUUUUUCCAUUCUUGAACAAGGGAGGGCAUUAAGGUUCCCGGU